UGUGACUUCUGUGGUCCUGUGGUGGUUCCCUUUUUUUUUAUAUGUUUCGUUUCUUUUCUUGGUUUCUUUUGUGCGGUUUGUGCGAUUGUGCUACGUUGUGACGACUGAAAGUUUCAGUGUCCUAAUACAAAUAUCACUAUGGCUGAUGCCGAUGAACUAUUAGAUUAUGAUGAAGAUGAGGAAAAUACUGAGCAGCCCGCAACCGAAACCAACAAUUCGGAAGCUCAAAAGAAAGGGGUGAAGGGUACCUAUGUUUCCAUACACAGUUCUGGUUUCAGGGAUUUCCUUCUGAAACCCGAAAUCCUUCGGGCGAUUGUUGAUUGCGGUUUUGAGCACCCUUCAGAAGUACAACACGAAUGUAUUCCCCAAGCUGUGAUAGGCAUGGAUAUUCUAUGCCAAGCCAAGUCUGGUAUGGGCAAAACGGCGGUGUUCGUUUUAGCCACACUCCAACAACUGGAACCCACAGAAAAUGUGGUGUAUGUUCUGGUAAUGUGCCAUACUCGUGAGCUGGCCUUCCAAAUCAGCAAAGAGUAUGAGCGUUUUAGCAAAUACAUGCCUAGCGUCAAAGUGGGUGUUUUCUUUGGCGGCCUGCCCAUCCAGGCAGAUGAAGCAGUGCUGAAGAAUAGCUGUCCUCACAUUGUGGUCGGUACUCCCGGACGUAUUUUAGCUUUAGCCAAAUCGAAAAAGUUGAAUUUGAAGCAUCUGAAACAUUUUAUUCUUGAUGAGUGUGACAAAAUGCUGGAAUUAUUAGAUAUGAGACGUGACGUUCAAGAAAUCUAUCGUAACACACCGCACGGCAAACAAGUAAUGAUGUUCAGCGCCACUCUCAGCAAAGAAAUCCGGCCAGUCUGCAAGAAAUUCAUGCAAGAUCCCAUGGAAGUUUAUGUGGAUGAUGAGGCUAAGCUGACGUUGCACGGAUUACAACAGCAUUAUGUUAAACUCAAAGAAAACGAAAAGAAUAAAAAAUUGUUUGAAUUACUGGAUGUACUUGAAUUCAACCAGGUGGUAAUUUUCGUCAAAUCAGUACAAAGGUGUGUAGCAUUAGCACAACUACUCACAGAACAGAACUUUCCAGCUAUUGGAAUUCACAGAGGAAUGGACCAGAAAGAAAGACUGUCUAGAUAUGAACAAUUCAAAGAUUUCCAAAAGAGAAUAAUGGUGGCGACGAACCUCUUUGGCCGCGGCAUGGACAUCGAGCGCGUCAACAUCGUCUUCAACUAUGACAUGCCCGAGGACUCGGACACGUAUCUGCACCGCGUGGCGAGGGCCGGCCGAUUUGGUACAAAAGGCCUGGCCAUCACGUUCGUGUCGGAGGAGGGGGACGCGAAGAUCCUGAACGAGGUGCAGGACAGGUUCGACGUGAACAUCACCGAGCUGCCCGACGAGAUCGACCUCAGCUCAUAUAUUGAGGGGAGAUAAUUUUGAGAGCAAGUCGAAUAUGUAUUCUUAAGGAGAGAGUUUUGGAAACUUGUAAUGUUUGUGUUUAAGUAAUAAAUGUAAGUUGUUUUAGAUAGUGAAAGUGAUUAUUUUAAGUGACCAUAGAAAUUUGAUUAAUGUAGCCCUGUGGUUAUAUUUUUACCUGAAUAAAAAUAUGUUUGUAU